AUGGAUGUCACUGCACUUUCUGAGGUAUGUCUCUCGGUCGGAGGAUUAGUUCGUCACUGCUACCUGUUAUUCAAGGAGUUCUGCGAGACGGUAGCGGACGAGCCCAUCCCGCAGCUCAAGUUCUACGAAGAAAUAAAGCAGUUCGAAAAACUGGAAUGCGUGGAGGAGAGAAGAAAGCUCGCCCGUGAAAUUUACGACAAUUUCAUUAUGAAGGAGUUGCUCGCCCACUCGCAUGAUUACUCCAAAGAGGCAGUUGCUCAUGUACAGAAGUAUUUAAUGAAAAACGAGGUUCCUGUUAAUUUAUUUGAGCCAUACAUAGAAGAAAUCUUUAACCAUCUACGAGGUGAACCCUUCAAGAAGUUUUUAGAAAGUGAUAAGUACACCCGUUUUUGCCAGUGGAAGAACCUAGAGUUAAAUAUUCAGUUAACAAUGAAUGACUUCAGUGUCCAUCGGAUAAUUGGAAGAGGUGGAUUUGGUGAAGUUUACGGGUGUCGAAAAGCAGAUACAGGAAAAAUGUAUGCAAUGAAAUGCCUGGAUAAGAAACGAAUAAAAAUGAAGCAGGGAGAAACUUUAGCUCUUAAUGAGCGAAUAAUGUUGUCUCUAGUCAGUACAGGAGUAGACUGCCCUUUUAUUGUAUGUAUGACAUACGCAUUUCACACGCCUGAUAAACUGUGUUUCAUCUUAGACCUCAUGAAUGGAGGAGAUUUGCAUUAUCACUUAUCCCAGCAUGGAGUUUUUAAUGAGCAUGAAAUGAAAUUCUAUGCUGCUGAAGUUAUUUUAGGUUUAGAACAUAUGCAUAGGCGUUUUAUAGUAUAUCGUGACCUAAAGCCAGCGAACAUCCUUUUGGAUGAACAUGGGCAUGUACGGAUAUCGGAUCUUGGUCUAGCAUGCGACUUCUCGAAGAAGAAACCUCAUGCAAGUGUUGGGACUCAUGGUUACAUGGCUCCAGAAGUUCUCUCAAAGGGAACUGCCUAUGAUUCCAGUGCAGACUGGUUUUCUUUUGGCUGCAUGCUGUACAAACUACUCAAAGGACACAGUCCAUUCAGGCAACACAAAACAAAAGACAAACAUGAAAUUGACAGAAUGACGUUAACCAUGAAUGUAGAGCUUCCAGAAUCCUUUUCGAAGGAGCUACGGUCUCUCCUGGAAGGACUGCUGCAACGUGACAUAGACAAGAGACUGGGCUGCAAAGGAAAUGGAGCUGAUGAAGUGAAAGAGCAUCCCUUCUUUGCUGGCCUGGACUGGCAGCAGGUGUACCUGCAGAAGUAUACACCACCACUCAUCCCUCCAAGGGGUGAGGUGAAUGCAGCUGAUGCUUUUGAUAUUGGCUCCUUUGAUGAAGAGGAUACAAAAGGAAUAAAGCUCACGGAGGCAGACCAGGAUCUCUACAAAAACUUUCCUUUAGUAAUCUCAGAACGAUGGCAAGCUGAAGUUGCAGAAACAGUUUUUGAGACAAUCAAUGCUGAAGCAGAUAAGAUGGAACAGAAAAAGAAAGCCAAACAAAAACUUAAGUUUGACACUGAUGAAAAAGAAUCUGACUGCAUUCUGCAUGGAUACAUAAAGAAACUGGGAGGACCUUUUGCAUCAGCAUGGCAAACUCGUUAUGCCAAACUCUAUCCAAAUAGGUUGGAGCUUCAUCCAGAGUCUGGAAGUACAAAGCCUGAGCUUGUUUUUAUGGAUCAAAUAGAAGAUGUUAGUGCUGACUUAGUUCAUGUGAAAAAUGAACAGUGUAUUGUGGUACGGACUAGAGAUGGAAAAAUUGUCCUCACUAAUCCGGAUGAAAUUGGAUUAAAGGAGUGGGCCUUGUCACUGAGGUCAGCGCAUAAAUGUUCUCUGGAGCUGCUUGGCAGCAUGGCAAAGAAAGCAGGGAAAAUAUAUGGAACAGAAAGGGAUGCAAACAACAAAAAUCCCUUCAUAGCAACAAGAAACACCAAUGGAAAUUGAGGAGAAAUCUUCGGAUAGUGUUUUUUAUUCAGUCGUCUCAUCUUGCCAGAAAGUGCAUUGUUUGGCUAUAAUUAGGUCAUGGUAACUCAGUGACAUACACCAAGAUUGCAGGCAAGGAGUAACUUGAUGGUAUUUGUACAAAAACCUCUUAAUUUUUUGCUAUAUUUAAAUGCCAAACCUUCCCUUAUCCUAUUACGGAUAUGUGAUAGACGAGUAGGCCUCUUGUAAAUAAAUGUGUAUGAAAGUUUUUUUUUAUUUAAGUGAAAGAUAAUCAGAGGAAUAGUACUGUCAGAGUGUUAGAUGACAACUACGAUAGCCAGCAAAAUUAAUAUAAUUUUAUGCAACCAGUCAUCAUAACGUAAAAUGCAGGACAUUAUUCCUUCACAUCUGUGUGUGGUCAUUCAUUUUUAGAUGAAGUUCUGUGAAUUUCAGUGGUAUGAGUGUUUAGAAGACAUUGAAAUACCAAGAAGCAGAGACUUAUCAUCCCCUGUAGUGGAUCGAGAGACCACUGUGAAGUGUGUGUGAGAGCAUGUUUCCUUGUGUGUUCAAGUGUAGAUACUUUUUUAUUUUAAUUUUGCCUUUUCCUUCCCUGAGAACAUGUAUUGAUUGUUGGAAAUUAAUUUGCCAGUAUUUAUGUUAAUGCUGGUAUUUUAUGUAUGAGACAUUUAGAUACUGUACAUAUAAUAAGAAACAAACAGUAUUUUCACACAACAGUGCAAAAUGUCUUCUCAUAAGUACUUUAAAAUAUGUUUUGUUACACAUCAUUAUUUAUUUUGAAACAACAUAUUAUGUGACAGACUAUUAGCAAACUUUUAAGACAUGCAGUGUGGAAUAUUAUCCAUAUUUCAGUUACGGUGUUAUUACUUCUAGACUUGUGAAUCUUUUUUUUUCCCAAACAACUACAUAAAAUGCUGCUCACUGAACUCCUCUCUUAACACAGUCCAAGUUAAGUUGUACAUGGUUGUUCCUGAGUUACAGUUUGUAAUUUCUCAUUUUACAUGCUGAAGAUGUAAAACAUUGCUCAGAGUAAACUGUGACCACUAUUUCACGAUAUAAAAAAAUUGCAUUUUAUUUUGGUUAACUUUUAUAUUAACUUAGUUCUUGAAGUUUUGUAAUGAUUCCUGCUGUUAAAUUUCAUGGCAAGUAACUACUGAGAAUGGAUAUACCACAGUAAGAUUCUUAAUGAUAAUCAAUUUAUGUUCACAAUACAUGUUUCACAGUUCAGUAAUUCUUGCAUUUAAGAACUCAGGGUUUGACUGGAUUACACAUUUGAAGAUACUGUAUGCAACAGAAUUAUACAUGUAAUAACAUUAGUAAUUGUCCAGUGUGAGCUAUAAAUCCUGAAAUACAUUUUCAUUUUUAUCAGUUUUCACUGAAACAGUAGCAGUUAUUAAAACCACUCAGAAAUGAAGUGCUUCUGGAAGAUUUGGUAGUUCAAUCAUAUCUUCACUUAAUUUAGGCUAAUUAAUGCUCCAGUCAAAACAGCAAACACGUGUAGUGUGAUCUGUUAACUUAUUUAUAAAAAGAGUCAUUUCCUGUUAAUAAGAAAUGGUGACCUGUUCUCUGGCUGAAAUUGUACUCAGUGCACAAAAUGGAUAAGAAAAGACAAUUCAGAACAUUAAAAAUGUUACCACAAGAACUUUCUUGGUUUCAAUUUUAUUAAAAAUAAGUUCUUCAAGUCUUUCAUCUUGUGAGUCACAGAUAAAUCCCAUUCUUCAGUUGUUCCCUCAAAGAUGUUAAUAUAACAUGUACCCAACAAAGCAUUGUUACUGCAACUCCAGCACAGUGGAAGUUCCAAAUGUUGUACAUUACUACCACAAACCUGUUCUAAAAUAACUGAAAUGAGCUGUGUGCAAACAUUGCAAACUCCAAUCUCCUAGAAUUGCUUUCAGAUGUCUGUUGGAUAGAAUUUUUUGACAUUUGCAAUGCACAGUAAUUAAUGUUCUGUGGCCUAAUAUGUAUCAAUUGUGAUUUUUUUAUACUUAAUAGUAAAAAAAGCUGCAAAUGGCCUCAAAUGUGACAAACAGUGUAAGAUACUAGAAAAAAGAUACAACAAAGACAAGACCUGUCCAGUGACAAAUUACACACUGAAAUAAGAAUGACAGAAUUGUCUUUGUGAUUCACUUAAAGUAUCCCAUCUCUUGAACAUAGAUAUGUUUUGAAAUGUUAAUGAAUGUAACUUGCAGUGGUAUAUUGAAUUCCUUCUACUAGAGCACAUGAAAUACAGAGGUCCAGAGCUGUUUGAUUUUUCACCACUUUUCCCCAUUUGUCUCUGUAUAGAUCUUUGAAACUAAAGGAUUCAUACUCACAAGGAGGUCAUCUGAGCUGUUAAUUACGGAUUUUGGUGAGUCUUGGGUAUAUUGUUGAGGGGUCUUCCUAAGUACCUGUUUAGCAGCUUUUUGUAUGUGAGAAAAUCAGCGUUGAAAUUUUAUGCAUAGGGAGAUGAGCUAUAACGAGGAGUUGGGUCUUACUAAAAAUUGUUCAGGAGGGAGACAAAGAUAAAUAUAAGCAGUGAGAAAGAACUCUCUUGCUGUCCCAUGGAAUUUUCCCUGAGCGCAGUACUUCCACACCUUUUCCUUACAUUCCCAGCAUGGCCUUUUUCUCAUACUAAAGGAACCAUUGAUCUGAAAAAUUGAGAUUACUAGUAGUUAUAUUUUUCUUUUUCUUUUGGUAUAGUUCCAGUUGUUAAAGUUUUAGUGACUAAUAAAUAUGCUCUUUUGUAGUGUUUAUCUAGUUCUUGUCAUUUUAAGCAGACCAACUGUAAUUUGUUUUACUCCUACAGCCGAACCGCAUGUUAAGCUGACUUCCCUCACCAGUUGAAACUGAUGAGACUGUGUCAAGACAGCAGAGAGUUUUUUCUUUUUAUAGUAGCGCUCGGCUAGUGGCAUGCAAGAUAAUUAAUUGUUCAUUGUUGCACCUUUAUUCACUUUCAUUUCCUGUGUAUAGUUUCACUUCAAGAAAUCGCUGAUGGCUCCAUGUGUAGCUAUUUGCUUUCUUUUCAUUUUAAACUUAUUUAACAUUUAACAUUUCUGUUAUCAGUUCCUGUUUUGCAGUUUACUACUAUAACUAUAUUACGUUGUGUUACACGUAUUUCAAAAUUACUUCCGUCUCACUUUACGCAGUGAUUCUAAUUAUGAAAAUUUUCAUAUUGUGUGUCUGUCAUUGUUUCCUGAAUCCUUGGAACCAAAAAAAUGAAGAUCUUUCCCAAUAUUUCACCUAUCUUGCACUGAGUAUUUUUUUAAGUUUUCUAUGAUCAACUUUUACUUUUUAAUGCUAAGAUUAACUUAUGUAAAACUUUAUUGAAAAUUCAUAUGAAUGAGCUUCUGUGCAUUUCCACCAUAUUUUUACAAAGCAGUUUCAGUUGAUGGAGUGUGUUUUUCAAAAGAGAGAAUCUUUUCCUUUGCAUACAAAUACUUUGGCAAAAAUAUUGACAUUACAAGGGAUAAUACUAAGAAAUGGUUUUGAACUUUUAAAUUGUGAACAGAAACGAGUUACAACUCACAUUUUAGCUGUCACUGCAGGCAAUCAAGCUGACACACUAGUUAGGUAUAUGCUUAUCCUUUCUUUCCAACUUGCUAACUCUAUAGAGCUGAAAGAGCAUGUGAUUGUGAUAGUACAUAGAAUAAACAGAAAUGUAGAUGAGUGGUAAUCAGUCCUCCUCACAACUACUGUUAAGGUGGUCAUCAUUUAAAAAUUGUAAUUGUAAAAUCUUAUACUAUUUUCACUGUAAUUGUAUAGAGCUACAUACAAGAUGAAGACAUCUUUUAAGAACUGAUAUUCUGGUCAUAAUUUUUAAAUCAGUAGCACCGUGUAUUGCCUGUAAGUGAAAGCCAAUUCCAUUUCCUAUCUCUGUGUUUUGUUUCACCUGGAUUUGAAUCCUUGGGACAGAAAAGUGCAUGGUAACAUUGUCAGAUUUCUAUAUCUUUCUAGGGAGUAUGCAAACAAGUUUAAUUACUGAGAGUCAAAACAUUUUAGUUUAUUGACAAUAAUAUUUUUGUGAACUGAUCUUACACAUUCAGUCGUAUAUUAUUUAAACAGAUUAUUACUCAAAGUACCAUCCUGAGAGGAGCUAAGAAAUUAUUUGUCACUUGACAUGAUUAGUAUUAAUGCUAAUAAAACAAACUUCUGCUGUGAACAUCUCAAGACCAUUCCUCAUAUCUUGUUUGAGUCUCAUUACUGACCAAUGUAUAUUCCAAACAACUUAUUUAAUAAGAUGUAGUAAGAUUAUUGUGACCAUUAUUUAUUUUGUACAUUUACUGAAUACAAAACUCGUGCUACAUUAGUAUAUCAGUUGGUCAGUAUGGUGAAGUGCACAUUAAGUACUUCUGAUAAACAGGAAAAAUUUGUCAUUGUUCAAUAGUUCUAAGAUGAUGUUGAAUGUACAUAACUUGUACCCUAACGGAAUGAAGUAGUGUUGUCCACUUGAUUGUUAGAACUCACAUUAUUAAUGAAUUACAGUCGCCUUUCCAGAUUUGUGGAUUUUGCUGUGAAAUUAUUUCCAUUUUGAUAUAUUGGUGUUUCUCAUGUUUCCAUAUCUGGAAAGAGCUUGUUAGGAUGGGUUGCAAACCUUUGCAAUCAAUGAUAUGGAGAAUGUGAGUUCUGUACUAGUUGAAAGGUAUUAAAAAGUUAAAGUCAUAAAACUGAUCUACGUAGUUUCAUUAAUUAUGCAAUUUUUAAUUUUUCUUAUUAAUUAUGUAUAUCCAGUCAUGUAAAAGAAUUUUUUGUGAGUAAUUAUGGGCCACUUAUAUUUAUUCAUAGCACAUUUUGAUACCUUUUAAGUUACUUGCUUGUCAGCUGAAGUCUUGUGAGAGAUAGAGAUGAUAAAUAAUACAUUCAGCAAAAGCAAGUUGUAGAAAGCAUGAAAUAUUGAUAUUCAGAUUCCAUAUGUAGUGUGUGCAGUCUUUGUGAAAAAAUUCUGAGGUGUUUAAUGUGUUCUCUUUUCCUUUGUAGAAUGUGUUAAUUUCAGUAACAGUCUGUAGAUACAUUUCAUCUCUGCUUUUGUACAGAAUCCAUGAAGAGUGAAGAAAACAAAUGUUAUUUACAAUAAUGUACACAACUUAAUUUUGUCACCAGUCAUUUGCAGAGAACUGUGAGAUGCGAAUGACAGUGUCACAACACACCAAUUUUCGUGGUUCUAUUGAAGUAGUGGACAGAGGUAGUAACAAAACUAUAAUUACAUGUCAUUAACUAUUGACUACAAAAAUGUAGUUUGGUGACUAUGCUGUGACUCACUGAGGGAAACACAGAGCAGCAUUUUAUCAUCUUUCAGACAUAAUCUAAAUUCAUUGUAACAUUCCAUUUAAAAUGAUUUGGAUAAAUUUUGUAUCUGAUUAAGUGCUUCAAGUGCAACAAGAAAAAUAUCAUUUAAAAAUAAGAAUAUUUUUGUAAAAUAACAGAAAAUUUGUUCUACGUGAAAGCUUACUUCAGACACCAUCCUAGAUUAGAGAAUAUAUUAUAUUUGUAUUUAUUUAGCAGAGGGAAAGUAUUUCUCUGUUAAAAAUGUAACAGAUAAGUGAUGUAAUUUAUUUGUGUUGAGUCCAAUACCAAACAGCAAUAAACCAGAAUUUUUACAAGUUUUUUAAUGACAAGUAAUGUGACAGGGUUAUCUAUGUGCGUAUGUCAACAUGUUUACUCAAGAUCGGCUCUCAUUUAAAUUAUUUUAAAUCAUAAAUUAUUUUAGAUCACUGAACAGGAACUCAUGGAGGUUACCAAUUAAUUUACUACUAUCCUAUCUUAAAAACUUUAUUUUCUACCCUUAUUUACUUUCAUUAAUUCAGUAGUUCAUUUUCUCAAUCUUUAUAUGUUUUAAAGUUAAACCAGUUCGUUACAAGAAUGUCACAAACUUAUAGACAUACAAUAUUCCUAUUGAUCCUUUUGUACUAUGGGUAACUAAGUCAUUAUUUGCAAUUUUUCAUCGAGUUAUUUUGUAUUAUUUGUCAUUGUUAAAUGCCACUUUAUGUCAGACAAUUUUACUGACUGUGAUUGCAAAAAUACAAUUCAGGAGAGGUUCACCAACUUGUCAUGAAUACUCGUUUUCUAUUUUAGAAUGUAUAAUUUAUUAUAAAGACUGCUAUCCAUGUAUUGUAAUCUGUUUAUUUCUGCCAUGCUUGCCUACAUGCCUUCAAAGCAGAAACUGUGACAUUUGUAUUUAUUACUUUUCUAAUGAAUCUUUUUUUAUAUAAUAAUGUUUUGAUAAUUAUCUGUGGUUCAGUAGCUAAUCUUGAAUGGCUGUGCAUUUCCUGUUGUUAUGACAGUUCAGAAAGGUUAAUUGUAGUGGAAACUAUCGUAACAUGGGCUUCAAAUAUUAUUGUCGAAGCUCUUAGUGCUAUUUACCACACCUUUUUUGUAGCAACUGAAAGUUAAGGAAUUGUCAUGUUAUAUGCCAGUGGACAUUUGUGUGUGUGUGUGUGUGUGUGUGUGUGUGUGUGUGUGUGUGAGUGUUUUGCAAGUACAUUAAAUUAAGUGCAUACUGUUUUACUUUGAACUUCAUAAAAAGGAGUACAUGAAGAUGUUCAUGGUAUAGAAGGAAAUGCGUUACAACAAAAAUUGUUCUGAAAUAUUUGAACACUAGUUUUCUUUAAACAGCUUGUUUGUAAUAAAAGGUUGAUUCACUUCAGUUGCACAUGAACAUCUUAUUCACUUUUGUGGAGGCCCUUCUAUGAGAAAUUAUAUUUAUUAAUUUGCAGAAUAUUCCUUAUUUGUGCAAUUGAAACGGAGAAGGAUAAAUGGGAAAAGUUUACAAACUUUUACAGCUUUUGCUAAUGUUCUUGGACAUUAUUUCUGCUGGUGUACAUAUCUUUCUGAGCAAUAAAAUGUAGUGAUUUUAUUUUUGGCAUAUUGUGCAGUUUCAGAUUAUACAAAUAACUUUGUAAACGCCCACAGUGUAUUUGUAUAAGUACAUAUCUCUUUUUCUAUUCAAGUUUGAACACUGAUGUCAGUGGUGCUAUGUAAAAUUUGUAAGGAAACACGUUGGGUAUACCUAAGUGUAUUGUAAAUUUUCGAUGUACAAUUUGAUGUUAAUAGUUCUGGAUGUAACGCUUU